AUGAAUUCACUCUAUUUUGGAGUUGUUUGUGCAAGAUUUGGAGUUAGUAUUGGAUUUUUGAUUAGUUCAUUGGUCAAUUUAAAUCUUUUGAGUGAUUUGGGACUUGGAAUGAUGGGAUUGAGUAUUGGAUUGGGAAUUCUAUUUUUCAUUCUUGCUUUUACUGCUUUGGAAAUUUACACAAGGUUGUGCUGCAGGCGAAUUAGAAACAUCUUUUCAAGAAAGAUAUCAGAAUCCACAAUCACUAACAGCAAGCAAGACAUCAACCUUUACUCAAUAGUAGAAAAGGAAGCUCUUUCAAUCUUUACUCUUUGUGAGCAUGUUUCAUCCAGAAGUUUGACUCUAUUCUUGCAAUCUACUGUUUGCCUAAAAGAACAAAACGGGUAUAAGGAGGAUGAUGAAUAUAUAGCACUGGACGAUAAGUUGUUGGCAAUAUCCUUUGUCAAGUCUAUUUCGCAACAAAAAUCUUUCGUCAAUGCAGACAUGUUGAUAAUUUCCGGAAUGCUUAUUAACUUUAAUAGCAAAGAGGACAACAAGUAUCAAUUCGCCAGUUAUCUUCUAGCAAAAGCAUACAAACGAACCUCCAACACUAUCAAGAAGUUAAUCGUUUUAGAAAAACAAAAAGAAAUUGAGAUUGAUUUGAAUGAAGUGACCAAAACAAAUAUUGAAGUCAGAAAUGCAAUCACAGAGGUGGCUAAAAAGUUGGAAGAAUUACGUAUUGUUCAUAGAUCAUUCUGGAAGGAAAUGCUUAAUGAAAUGCCAAACGAAACCAAACUUUUACAAAUUAAUAGUAAGGCAACCGUAUUAUCCAAAUUUUGUGAAAAAUCCUUUUCCAACUUGAUGAAGUCUCAUAAUCAUGACAAGACAGUAAUCAGAUUCUAUGCAAAAUAUGUGGAGGAAUUCAAGUUUGAUAAGGAAUUGUCGAAUUCAUUGUUUGAAGAAGCUAACCAGUUGGAAGACGAAGAAUCCAGAUCAAGAAAGUAUUCAAUAAUGAAAUUACAACCAAAUGAAACAAAGAAAUUCAAAAAUAAGGUAGCUCCAUCAUCUCCAAAUUUAAUGGAUGAUAUGAGUGUUACUGGAAGAGAAACCAUGUUCGAUUCUAUGGGAUCGCUCAGCAUGAAAAAAUUCUCUAAUCAGCCAACUAACAAUCCAUUAAAUGAGACAGAUUUUGAAGGAGUAGAAAAUGAAGGUAUUGACAAGAAGGAAUCAUUUUUCAGAGCUGCCAUCAAUACUCCAUUUCAAUCAAAGUUGAAAAUAUCCAUCUUCCUUGGCCUUUCAGUGCUAUUACAUAUUUGUAUGAUUGCAAUAUUUGUGCUAAGUAUGGUAUUUAGUGAAAAAGUUGUUUCUACUCCUCUUGUAUUGCAGAGUUGCAUUACAGGCUCAACACCUGGCGCCUUGUUGAGAUUUACGAGAAUGAAUCAAAUUUUGACUGAGGUUUACGCAAAUGAAGGACAACCUUGGUUACAGAACUCUACCAGGUAUUACGAAAUUAAUAACUUUUUGAAAAAUUACAAGAAUAGAUAUUUGGAGCAUAAGGGGUAUUUGGAAACAUUAAUUUCCAAUUCACAAUCAGGAAAGUUUACAAGUAACAUGUAUACUGACUUUACAGAGAGAGCAAGUCCAAUUUUAAUUCCAAUUUCAACAACAGACCCUAAAUCUAUUGAAUUUGUAAAUACCUUCUCAAAGAAUGUUUCAAUGAGUGAAGUUUCUCAAGAAUUCUUGCAUCAUGUUGAACAAUUUUUGAACUUUGGAGAAAAGCAAUACAAUGAAACAACAAAAAGUUACAGUUUCAUGUAUGUCUACUUGAAUAGAAGAUAUUUAGCCGAUAAUUAUCUCCAAUUCUGUAGAUCAUUCCAGGAGAGCGAAAGAGCUAGUACUUUUGAACUGAAUAUCAUACUCUCGAGCUAUAUUUUUGCUUCUUCUUCCGUAAUGACGAUGAUUUACGUUAUUUUCAUUUUGAUUUCAAGGAGUGAGAUGACUUGGUUCAGUAAGAUCACAUCUCUUUACAAGAAAAUUCCAAAAGAUUUUGUUGGAAUAAUUUAUCACAAAUUGGAAGAAAAGACAAAAGAUGAUGCCAAACAUUUGAAGAAAAAUCCUCUCUUGCAACCAAAAAAUUUUACUUUAAUACUGGCUAUUUUGAUAGUUGUAAUAUUCAUGUUGUCUUCUGGUUUGAUUUAUUAUGAAAUUUCAAUGAAUAUUUCAACUGCAUCAUCUGCCAUUUACAAUGUUGAUUUGAUGAGCGUCUUUUUGAGAACAGUUCAUAGAGUUACUAUUAGAUUAAAUGAAUUCUUCAUUUAUCUUACCCUGCCUUCUGGAAAAUUCAUUAACAGUCCAUAUUUAGUUUCGAAUAAUUCACAAUUGCAAACAAUGAAAACAGAAAUCAGACAAUUCAUUGAUUUGACUGCAACCAUUUAUGAUCAGGUUAUUUAUGGCCAAGAUGGAGUUACUUCUUCUCUUGUUGGGCAAUAUUCUGAAAUUGACAAGAUGAUAACAGUCAAUUUAAAUCUUUUGAGUGAUUUGGGUCUUGGAAUGAUGGGAUUGAGUAUUGGAUUGGGAAUUCUAUUUUUCAUUCUUGCUUUUACUGCUUUGGAAAUUUACACACUCGUAGUUUGCAGACAAAUAAGAAAUAUUUUCAAAACCAAGAUUAGUGCCUGUGAAAUAAAUGAGAGCAGAGCAGAUUUAUCACUUUACAACAUUAUUGAAAGAGAGGCAGUUUCCAUUUUCAUUGUUUGUGAACAAUUAUCUCUAAGACACUUGAUGUUGUUUUUACAAUUUUCAAUUGGGCAAAAUGUGAAACAUCACUCCCCCGAUCAUUACGGUGUGACUAUUGUCAGUGAUCCAUUAAUGGCUAUUGCUUUUGUGAAAUCCAUUUCUCAGCAGAAAUCCUUCCUUAAUACUGAAAUGUUGCUCAUUUCAAGUGUUUUGGUCAAUUACAUUUGGCAAGAUGAUCACAGAUCUCAAUUUGCAAAUUAUCUACUGGCAAAGGCUCUUAAACAUUGUCAUCAAACGUUAAAGAGAGUUCUUAUCACUGAAAAACAAAAAGAAAUUGAAAUUACACUUAACGAGCUAACCAAGACAAAUAUGGAAGUAAGAAACACAAUUACAGAAUUAGAAAUUACCCUUGCUGAGCUUCGAAUUGUUCAUAAAUCAUUCUGGAAGGAAAUGUUGAACGAUAUUCCAAACGAAACCAAACUUUCACAAAUUAAUAGCAGAGCUUCUGUCCUAACACUAUUCUGUGACCAGAAUUUCCUCAAUCUUACCAAAGCUCACAGUCAUGAUAAGACAGUGAUUCGUUUUUAUGCAUCCUACCUUGAGGAAUUCAAAUUCGAUAAGGAACUAUCUACUUCAUUGUUUGAAGAAGCUGCUGCAAUGGAAGAAGAAGAAUCGAGAUCAAAGAAUGUCAAUCAUCACAAUCCACAAUCAUAUUACGAAGCAAAGAAAUUCAAGAAUAAGAUUGUGCCCUCAUCCAAUGUGGAAAUGUCCACCAAUAAUGAAGAUAUUAGUACUGAAAGAGAUGAAAGUGGUUCAGCCCUAAAUGGAAAAAGUCAAUUCAAUGGGAAUGAGAUGGAUUUCGAAGGUGUCGAAAAUCAAGGAAUUGACAAGAAGGAAACCUUCUUCAGAACUGCCAUCAAUGCUCCAUUCCAAUCCAAACUGAGAAUCUCGAUCUUUCUAUUCUUGUCAGUUUUGAUGCAUGUCUUGUUAAUUGUCAUUUUCAUUCUGAGUAUUGUUUAUAAUGAGAGAGUUGUUUCUACUCCUCUUGUAUUGCAGAGUUGCAUUCCUGGUUCAACACCUGGUGCAUUACUAAGAGUUGCAAGAAUGAAUCAAAUUUUGACUGAGGUUUACGCAAAUGAAGGACAAUCAUGGUUAAAGAACUCGAGUAGAAUGUAUGAAUUGAAUUAUUUCACAUCAACCUUCAGAAAUCGAUAUUUGGAGCAUAAGGGGUAUUUGGAAACAUUAAUUUCCAAUUCACAAUCAGGUAAAUUUACAAGUAACAUGUAUAAUGACUUUACAGAGAGAGCAAGUCCAAUUUUAAUUCCAAUUUCAACAACAGAUCCUAAAUCGAUUGAAUUUGUAAACACCUUCUCAAAGAAUGUUUCAAUGAGUGAAGUUUCUCAAGAAUUCUUGCAUCAUGUUGAGCAAUUUUUGAACUUUGGAGAAAAGCAAUACAAUGAAACAACAAAGAGUUACAGUUUCAUGUACAUUUAUUUAAAUAGAAGAUAUUUAGCCGAUAAUUAUCUCCAAUUCUGCAAGUCAUUCCAGGAAAGCGAAAGAGCCAACACUCACCAGUUGAAUAUUAUUUUACUGGCCUAUAUUUUCACAUCCUCCUCAGUAAUGACGAUGAUUUACGUUAUUUUCAUUUUGAUUUCAAGGAGUGAGAUGACAUGGUUCAGUAAGAUCACAUCUCUUUACAAGAAAAUUCCAAAAGAUUUUGUUGGAAUAAUUUAUCACAAAUUAGAAGAAAAGACAAAAGAUGAUGCCAAGCACUUGAAGAAAAAUCCUCUCUUGCAACCAAAGGCCUUUUCUCUGAUAUUGGCACUUCUAAUUGUGACAGUUUUCAUGUUGUCUUCUGGUUUGAUUUAUUAUGAAAUUUCAAUGAAUAUUUCAACUGCUUCAUCUGCCAUUUACAAUGUUGAUUUGCUGAGUGUAUUUUUGAGAACAGUUCAUAGAGUUACCAUUAGACUGAAUGAAUUGUUUAUUUACUUGUCAUUGCCAUCUGGAAAAUUCAUUAACAGUCCAUAUUUAGUUUCGAAUAAUUCACAAUUGCAAACAAUGAAAACAGAAAUCAGACAAUUCAUUGAUUUGACAGCAACCAUUUAUGAUCAGGUUAUUUAUGGACAAGAUGGAAUAACAACACCACUCGUUGGAAAAUACUCCAAAUUAGAUAAGAUUAUUACUGGUCUAUCGACUUGCACCAAUUCCUCAAUUGACUAUAAUUGGAAAUCUAAUGGAAACAAAAUUAUUGGACAAAGUAAUGAAUUGUUAAAAGAUUGUUAUGGUCUUCAAAAGUACAUGUCUACAUUCACAAUUCUUGCAGGACAAGUGAGUGAAAAGUUCUUCAAUCCUUCCUAUGCUUCGACACAAUCUGAAGAAGCAUUCGCAGAAUUGUUAACAUUAUUUAAUAUGUGUGAUAUGGUUUAUGACAAGUUUAGAGAUUUUCUCACAACAUUGGUCAGUUUGACAUCUGUUCCUUCCAUUACAAUUUCAAUUGUCUUGAUUUUCGGUAUAACUUCAAUGCUCAUAUUACAAUAUAUGAUUUUCAUCAGUUUCCAAACCUAUGAUCACGAAAUAACCAAUAUGAAAGCAUUCUUGAAUUAUCUGUCCACAGAAUUCAUAGAAUCAAAUGAUGGACUCAAGAGUUUUGCCUUGUACAACUCUAUUGGAACGAACUAUUUGACUGGACGAAAGCUAAAACAAUCCUCAGCUACAGAUCAAGAUUCUUUGAAGAAAUUAAUGAGUUCAAUGGUAGAUGGUGCACUAUUAGCAAACGAAAGUGGAGAUAUCAUUCUUUUCAACGGACCAGCUCAGAACAUGUUCGGAAAGUCAAUUUCUGAUGUUCUGGGAACAAACUUUAUGCAUUUAUUUGAUGAGCACUCUGGUGAAAAGUUGUCCAACAUUUUGAAAACAAUCAAGAGUGAAAUUGAUGAAAAUGUCAAACAUGGAGAUGUUAUUGAAUUGGAAUGUGUUAGAAAGAAUUCCACAAAGUUUCCAGCCAUGGUUACUAUCUUUGUUUCGAGAAUUUCUGGCAGCUCUUACAAGGGAAAGAGUAACUCAAUGGUUGUUUCAUGCUUUAUGAGAGAUAUCACUCCAGAGAAGAAGCAAAAUUCACUUCUAGCAGAGGAGAAGAAAAAUUCAGAAAAUUUAUUGAGAAACAUCUUGCCAGAUGCUGUUGCAAGCAAGUUGAAAUCAGGUGAGACAUUUAUUGCUGAGAGAUUUAGUGAUAUUACUUGUUUCUUUAGUGAUAUGGUUGGUUUUACGAAAAUGUCAAGUGGAAUGAAUCCAAGUGAAUUGGUUUUGAUGUUGUCAUCAAUUGUGAAUGGAUUUGAUGAUUUGACAGAUGUUUAUUCAUUGGAAAAGAUCAAGACAAUUGGUGAUGCUUAUUUUUGUGUUGGAGGUUUACAUAAUAAUCCACAAUCUGAUCAUCCUGAAAGAACAUUGAGAUUUGCAAUUGAUACAUUUCAAGUGAUUAGAAAUUAUAAUAUUGAACAUCCUCAAAAUCAAUUGAAUAUUCGAGUUGGAAUCAAUACAGGAUCAGUUGUUGCUGGUGUAAUUGGAAAGAAGAAGUUUGCCUAUGAUUUAUGGGGUGAUACCAUCAAUACUGCUUCUCGAAUGGAAUCAACUUCAAUGGCAGGAAGAAUUCAAAUUUCCAGAUCAACCUAUCAGAGAGUCUAUGAUAUUGGAUUUGAAUUUGAACAGAGAAGUGUUGAAGUGAAAGGAAAAGGUGUUUGUGAAACCUAUUUAUUGAAGGAUAAACAUCAUGCAACGUCAAUAAUUCCAGUAACAGAAUCACAAAUUCUCAAGAAGGAACAAAGCAACGAAGAAAAAUUAAGCGAACAAUUAGAUCAAUAA